GUUGACUGGCAGCUAGGAGCUUGAGAGUUGAGAAAGACAACUGACCCCACCCUACCGUCUUCUCGCCUUUCUUGGCUUCAGUAACACGGGGUCCUGCAGUCGACAGAUACAUCCGGAUUCUUUAUUAAACAGCUGGCAACAAUGAAGAAGAUCAUUUUGAGCGUCAAUGCGGGCUCCUCGUCCGUGAAGGUUUCAGUGUACAGCGCUGAGCGAGGUCAGAGCCCAACGCAGAUCGCCGAAUCCCAAGUGAGCGGCCUGACGGCCCCUCCCGCGCUGCUCAAAUACACACGAGGCGACAAACCGAUCAUCGAGAAUCGUGAGGUCGACGAGAAGGUCAACGGGCAGCGGGACGCCUUCAGCCUCAUCCUGGACACGUUGAUUGGGGAUCACGACCUGCCCGACAUCAAAAGCAAGGAUGACAUCGGAUUCAUCUGCCAUCGCAUCGUCCACGGCGGCGACUACAGCAAGCCGCAGCUGAUAUCCGACGGUACCUAUCACCACCUGGAGAACCUCAACGACCUGGCACCACUGCACAAUGCGAAUAGUCUCGGAAUUGUGCGGCUGUGCAUCGAGAAGCUCCCCAGCACUCGCAACGUCGCCUGUUUUGACAGUCAGUUCCACGCCACCAUCCCGGAGCAUAUCCGCACCUAUCCCAUCAACCAGGAAAUCGCGCGCAGCAACCGCCUGCGCAAGUACGGUUUCCACGGCAUCAGCUACUCCUUCAUCACCCGCGCCGCGGCCGAGUUCCUGGGCAAGAAGCGGGACGACAUCAAUCUCAUCGUACUGCACCUGGGUUCUGGGGCGAGCGCGUGCGCCAUCAAGGGGGGCAAGAGCUGGGAUACCAGCAUGGGUCUGACACCGCUGGCUGGUUUGCCGGGUGCAACCAGGAGCGGGAGUGUUGAUCCUAGCCUGGUCUUCCACUACGCAAGCGAUGUGGGCAAACUAUCCCCGGCUUCCACGAAAGAACUCCACAUCUCCCGCGCCGAGGAGAUCCUAAACAAGGAAGCUGGCUGGAAAGCCUUGACGGGAACCACCAACUUCGGCAUCAUUGCCGGCAAGCCCGACGACGAGAAGAUGCGUCUGGCGUUCGAUCUCGUCGUCGACCGCAUCUGCGGAUUCAUCGGCUCGUACUUCGUUACGCUGCGAGGCCAAGUCGAUGCGCUGGUGUUUGCCGGAGGCAUAGGCGAGAAGAGCGACAGGUUGAGGGCGGCCGUUGUCGACCAAGUCGGCUGCUUGGGCUUCGCGAUCGAUGAGAAGGCGAACGCGGCCAAAGUCCAAGCUGUUGUGCAGGAGGUUGGGAAGAAGGGGGUAUCGCCGAGGGUGCUGGUUUGUCAGACAGACGAGCAGUACGAAAUGGCGAGGGCUUGUGCAGAGGAUGAGGAAUUCUGGGGAGAAGGGUGAUGUUUCGUGGAGAUCAGUGAGUGGAACGUUGACAGCCACGCCUUUGCGAUCCGUUUUGUCAUUGCGACAGCAAUGAAUAAUUAAUGAGUAAUCAGAGGAGGCCUGGAGAAAGAGGACAUGUCUCGAUCCAACAUCGCCGUCUAGAACCAUGGAGCAUGCAUAGCCACGAGCACAUGAGCAGAGCCAUCUAAUUGUGGAGAGGCUUUUAGUCGCGACUUUUUUCCCUGCCUGUGUACAUACGAUAUAU